AUAAAGCUGGACGUCACCUACGGCAUCGGCGACCCCGAGCACGACGCCGCCGGCCGCGUGCUGACGGCCGAGUUCCCCUCCCUCUUCGUGGUCUCGGCCUACGUGCCCAACUCGGGCCGGGGCCUGGCGCGGCUGGAGCCGCGGCGCCGCUUCGACGCCGCCUUCCUCUCCUUCCUGCGCCGCCUGGACGCCCGCAAGCCGGUGCUGCUCUGCGGCGACCUCAACGUGGCGCACGCCGAGAUCGACCUGUGCCACCCGCGCGCCAACCGCGCCAGCCCCGGCUUCACGCCGGAGGAGCGGGAGGGAUUCACCCGGCUGCUGGCCGCCGGCUUCGUGGAUUCCUUCCGGCACCUGUACCCCGAGGCGCGCGGCGCCUUCACCUUCUGGACCUACCUGGGCGCGGCGCGGGCGCGCAACGUGGGCUGGCGGCUGGACUACGCCGUGCUGUCGCGGCGGCUGCUGGGCGCGCUGUGCGACUGCAAGAUCCGCAGCGCCGUGGCGGGGAGCGACCACUGCCCCGUCACCGCGCUGCUGGCCGUCUAGGGGGGGAACUGGGGGGAAAUUGGGUCAAAAUUGGGGAGAAAGGGGAGUUUUGGGUAUUGAUUGGAUGGGUUUUGGGGUGAAAUUGGCUGAAAUUUGCUCAAAAUUGGCUUGAAUUUGCUCAGGAGCGACCACUGCCCCGUCACCGCGCUGCUGGCCGUCUAGGCGCUGGGAUUGGGGGGAAAUCGGGGCAAAAUUGGGUCAAAAUUGGGGAGAAAUGGGAGUUUUAGGGAGUUUUUGGGUGUGAUUGGAUGGGGUUUGGGGUGAAAUUGGCUGAAAUUCGCUCAAAAUUGGCUUGAAUUUGCUCAGGAGCGACCACUGCCCCGUCACCGCGCUGCUGGCCGUCUAGAGGGGGAAACUGGGGGGAAAUCGGGGGGAAAUUGGGGCGAAAUUGGGUCAAAAUUCGGUCAAAAUGGGAGUUUUGGGUGUGAUUGGAUGGGGUUUGGGGUGAAAUUGGAUGAAAUUUGAUCAGGAUUGGCUUGAAUUUGAUCAGAAUCGAAGCUGGAGUUUGAUGGUAUUAAUCGAUUUUAAUUGGAUGG